UGUUUUGGACUUUUGGAGGACCACAGCAAGAAGUGCAAAUACAUGGGUGAAGUUUUAUUGGUAGCCAUUGUUGGCCCCUCUUUGUUGAGCUACAUGGGCACAGGAGAGGAAUUAAUAUGGUACAAUAUGACAGCUUUCAUCCGUCACAUCGUGGACCACAUACUGUAUAAACGUAAGUCAAAUCUUUAACAUACACUGGCCAGCAAACAAAGGCAACUAUUGAGUUUUCAACUACUUUUUAGCAACAUUUCUGUAAUUCCUUAUCAACACAAACAAGUGUUAUCAUUCUAAAACAUGUAGCAACGCUACUGAUGUCAGCCAUACCAAUUUAGGCCUUGUUAAACCUCCCUCCCUUAUACGGUCAUAUUGGUUUUAUUGCUGCUUACCAGAUGUUUGGACACUCCUUCUAUCUUUGUUACAACCUUUGUACCAAAGGUAAGAAUCAACACCCUUAUUAGUAAAACUGUAUGCAGAGAAGCAGACCAAGUGUGAUAGCGUAAAUCCUUAAAAGGAGUCUUUAACCUCAGCUCAGACAUUUGAUUCGCUGAUGAACACAGAUACUAUCUCCCUCUCUAUAUAUCUCUGAAGCUAGAUUACAAACUGCUGUUAAACGCAUCAGGAGUUCUUGGAGACAGUAGCAUUGUUGACUUCAUGAACAAGCUAAGCAUGAUGGCAUACACCACCUCAUAGAGGUCCAGUACUGACAGUUUGGAAGGAGUGAACAGGAAGCAGGAGAGGAAGAAGAGAGAGAGCAAGAGUGGACACUGUUUACCAUCGGUGCAGAUGGGUGAGACAGAGGAUGAACGUAUGGCGCAGGCCAGUGUCCUCUUUGAAAACUUUGUCCAGGCGUCCACCUGUAAGGGGACUCUGCAGGCUUUCAGCAUCCUCUGCAGGCAGCUGGAGCUGGAUCCACUGGACUACAGCAACUUCUACAGCUCCCUGAAGGCUGCAGUCAGCACCUGGAAGGUCAAGGCCCUGUGGACCAAACUGGACAAAAGGGCACAACACAAAGUUUACAACCAGAACAAAGCCUGCCAGGGCACCAGGUGUCUGAUCAUCGGUGGUGGACCUUGUGGUCUGCGGACAGCCAUCGAGCUGGCCCUGCUGGGCUGUAAGGUGGUGGUGAUCGAGAAGCGGGACACCUUUUCCAGGAAUAAUGUGCUCCACCUCUGGCCCUUCACCAUACAUGAUCUCAGGGGCCUCGGAGCCAAGAAGUUCUACGGCAAGUUCUGCGCCGGCUCCAUCGACCAUAUUAGCAUCCGCCAGCUCCAGCUGAUGCUGCUGAAGGUGUGUUUGAUUCUGGGAGUGGAGAUUCAUGUCAAUGUGGAGUUCACCAAACUCUUGGAGCCACCAGCGGAGCAGACUGACGGCAGUCCUGGGUGGAGAGCCGAGGUCCGGCCCUCAAGCCAUCCUGUCGCAGAGUUUGAUUUCGAUGUGGUGAUUGGAGCUGACGGACGAAAAAACACGUUAGAUGGUUUUGGUCGCAAAGAAUUUCGAGGGAAGUUGGCCAUUGCCAUCACAGCUAACUUUGUCAACAGGAACACCACAGCGGAGGCCAAAGUGGAGGAGAUCAGUGGCGUGGCCUUCAUCUUUAACCAGAAGUUCUUUCUGGAACUCAAGGAGGAGACAGGGAUUGACUUGGAGAACAUAGUUUACUAUAAAGACAACACGCACUACUUUGUCAUGACAGCGAAGAAGCAGAGUCUGCUGGACAAGGGGGUCAUCAUAAGGGACUUCAUAGAAACAGAGCGACUGCUGAGCUCUGACAAUGUCAACCAGGAAGCGUUGCUUUCCUACGCCCGCGAGGCAGCCGACUUUGGCACCAACUACCAGCUGCCGUCCCUGGACUACGCCAUCAACCACUACGGGCAGCCGGAUGUAGCCAUGUUUGACUUCACCUGCAUGUAUGCCUCAGAGAACGCCGCCUUGAUCAGGGAGAAGCACGGUCAUCAGCUACUGGUCGCACUAGUGGGAGAUAGUCUACUUGAACCCUUCUGGCCGAUGGGCACAGGUUGUGCUCGGGGUUUUCUGGCAGCCUUUGACACUGCUUGGAUGGUGAGGGGCUGGGCACAGGGCAGGAGCCCUCUGGAGAUCCUGGCUGAGAGGGAGAGUAUCUACCGGCUGCUGCCUCAGACCACCACAGAGAACAUCAGUAAAAACUUUGAGCAGUACGCCAUUGACCCUGCCACCCGCUACCCCAACCUCAACACCAGCUGUGUACGCCCCCUCCAGGUUCGUCACCUGUUCAUUGAUGGGCAACAGGGCUCGUGUCACCUGGAAAGAGGAGAACCCACACGAAAAUCAGUGAACUUGUCCAGAAACGAGUCUGAGGUGCGUCCUGGGCGGCUGCUGACCUGGUGUCAGAAGCAGACUCAGGGCUACAGAGGCGUCGAUGUCAUCAACCUCACAUCCUCCUGGAAGAAUGGCCUGGCCCUCUGCGCUCUCAUACACCGCCAGAGGCCUGAGCUCAUUGACUAUGACUCUCUCAACGAGGAGGACGUGGCCGGUAACAACCAGCUGGCGUUUGAUAUUUCUGAGCGAGAGUUUGGCAUCCAGCCAGUGAUCAGGGGAGAGGAGAUGGCUGUGGAGGCUGAACCAGACAAGCUGCUGAUGGUUCUCUACCUCUCCAAAUUCUACGAAGCCUUCAGGAACUCUCCAGGAAACGACAACGGUUUAAGAGAACCAGAUGAGAACAGCCAAGAAUAUCCAGCCAAAGCAAACCUCAAACUGGUGAACCUGCCUCAGCCCAGGAAGAGGAUACCCAGGGAUGACAAGAAGCUGGAAGAGGAUUCUGUUAACAAGAGACGGCGAAAAGGCAACCACUACCUCACAGAGUUGUCUUGUCACAGUGCAACCCCUGCUGGUGAGGAUGGCGAACUGCGGGAGAACAAGGUCCGCUUCAUGGCCACUCAGCUGCUGGCCAAGUUUGAGGAGAACUCGUCCACGGCAAAGAUGCACAGCAAGUCUGACGAGGAACCACCAGGUCCAUCCUUCUCUCCCCCUCUGUCUCCAUCCACCACCCCACUUCCUCCCUCAGAGGAGGAGGAUGAGGAAGAGGAGGAUGAGGAGGAGGAGAGAGAAAACCCCCGUUUUGCAAAGCCCAAGGAUGUCUCUCCUCCUCCUCAUCUUCCUCCAUCUCACCCCAAGUGGCAGCCUUCCAUUUACCUUCGCUUACUGGAGAAUCGCAGUUCCGUGGCCCAGCAAGCCACUUUCCUCUAUUCCCCCAAAUCUCCUCCCCCUCAGAGUCGCUCUCCCUCACCCUCACGCUCUAAGAGUCCUGUCUUCUCACCAAGCUAUCAUGUUACUGAGCGUUACUACCCAGAACACACCUGUCCUGACCUGACAAGCUGUCAUGUCCCUGCUUCCUCUGUGUCUGCUUUGGAUCAUUCCUGUCAGUGUUCAGAAAAAUCGAUGCAGCAGAAACUGUCCACUAGAGAGUUUUCACGGAGGAGCAUAAAGGAGAGAGCUGUCCUCCUUUCCUCCAUGUUUCCUGGGUCCAGCAAACCACCUCCUUCUGCUCCUCCUGCUCCUCCUUCUUGUCUUCCUGAACCUCAGGUGGAACUACCUACCUCUUCACCUUCCUUAUCUACAUCUCCUCCUUCACUAUCUAAGAGCUCCACCGUCUACCCUGUAGUCCACCCUGUCCCUGACCCCACUGCCCAGGCUGGUUUCUCCUGUGUCCCCCUGAACACUGAUGGACACAAGGCCAAGAGAGACAGGGACUCCUCUACUCCCUCCUCUUUCUCUGAAAAAACAGAUCAAAUCUCUUCUCUUCAUGCUGUUUCUUCCGCAUUCAACAGCACUACUGUCCUUUCUUCAACUUCUUCUCCCCUCUCUGAUGUUAACUGUGGAAAUGGACACGGCAGCACAGUUUCUUUACUGAACACGGAAAAUUAUGAGAGGACACAUAAGAAUGAGCAGGACAGCGUCCACACAUCUGCUCAGGAGACAUCUGAUGAUAAGAAAUUAGCCGAAAAUGGAAGCAUGAAGUGCAAUGGGAGCUGCGCUCUUCAGAGCCCUGGAAGAUUCACUCAAAAGACGAUUGUUCGCUCUGAGAGCUGUCCGAUUGGAGCUCCCGGUUACAUUAAAGAGCGAACAGUUGGAAAGGUAUCAUCUGCCAUUGAUGCUAAAGCUCAGAUACUGGCCAUCCUCUAUGAGACAGACCACAGGCCCAAUGCCACACCGUGUGCUGUACGUAGGGACUUCCCUCCCAGUCUCGGCGGCAGCGACAUUUGUCACUUCUGCACCAAGCGGGUGUAUGUGAUGGAGAGACUGAGCGCUGAGGGCUACUUCUUUCACCGCGAGUGUUUCCGCUGUGACGUCUGUAACUGCACCCUCCGUUUGGGAGGGUACACCUUCGACUCGCAGGAAGGGAAGUUCUACUGCAAGAUGCAUUACGCACAGCGCCAGUCCAGCACUCAUGUGGGGAGAUUCAGAAGAAAAUUGGAUGACCGCGUUACACCCUCGUCGGUGGACAGUGGGAGCUACUCGACAACGGACAGCGUCCAGACCCAGCCCCCAGUUGCAGCAUCCAGCUUGCAUCCAGAGCAGCUCCAUAACAGUCAGAAAGGAGUUCCUGAAGACACAGAAAUGGCUGUUGAAGCUCUGGAUGCUUCCUGUAUAAUCAAACCCACUAAACAAGAUACGACAGGGGCCAAGGGCCAAAGCCAGGACGGUUCCAAAGAUCGCUGUAACACCAAACAGAAUAAUCGAUGGAAACGGAAGAUCAGAGCGACCUUCCCUCUGAUCUUCAUCAAGCACUUCCAGAAGAGCUGGCCAUCGGACAGAGAGGGACCGGAGACUGUCCCUGAAGCGGACUCUGACUUUGAGGAGCUCACUUCAGCAGAAAAACAAACUAACUUUGAAGGCAGCACCAAGACAUCAGCAGAUUUCCAGAAUCCCUCAGAGAAUACUGACGACCCCAUGACAGUCUGCAACUCGUCAACCCCAAAGAAACGCCUGAUGUUAUCUCUGUUGGAGAAAGAGAAGCUUCUGAACUGGGACGUGCCGGUCACAACAGAGGAAACUCUGACUAACACUAAAAACACACGUCAACAUAAAGACCAGGUACAGGCAGAGAGAGAAGCAGAUAAGCCUGAGACAGACUUGUGCCAGGACGGGGAACCAUCCCAGAGCCAAAGCUCAUCCUCGUCCCCCUCAGCCUUCCAGGUUAUAGCCAACGCCUUCAGGAGGACAUUUAGUGUGACCAAUCCCUCCAGCAGCUCCAACACUGCAGUUACAAUGAGGACGAAGCGUGACGGCCCCCGCAAACAGAGGCCCAUGUCAGAGGGAACGUUCAGCUUUAGCUCCCUCUUCACCGCUGUGGGUCCAGAGCCAUCCAAAGAUGAGACGAAGGCCAGCAAGCACGACACUCGGUGGGCGUCUUUGGGGGCCGAUCCGUGGGGGGGCGGGCGAGACCUGCCAUCUCUGUUACAGCAGGUGUCCCUAAAGGGCCGUAGAGACUCUGGAGGGGUUUUCUCGGACGAUAUGGCCUCGUUGCCCCGCAGGAGGGUCAACUUGUUCUCAUCCCUGAGGCUGAGGAAGAGGGAGGAGUCAGAGAGUGAGGGACAAGACCAGGAGCUGCAAAAGGAAAUCAGGACCAUUCUCACCAACCUCAAAAACAAAGCCUCUGGUCAACAGAAUCUGGAAGAGUCUUCCUCUGGUGACGAUGAAAAUGAAAACCUGACAUCCAAUCAGAAGCUUUGUCCAGAGAGACAGAGGAGGAGGCAGGAGAAGAUGGUGGCCCAGCAGGCCAAAAGAGAACAGCUGAAAAGGCUUCACCGAGCUCAGGCCAUCCAGAGGCAGCUGGAGGAGGUUGAGGAGAAACAGAGAGAUCUGGAGGAGAGAGGAGUGGCCAUAGAAAAGACCAUAAGAGGAGAAACUAAAAGAGAAUCUUCUCAGACAGAUGACAGUGAUGAGGCCCAGCUGUAUCAGUCCUGGUUUAAACUGGUUCUGGAGAAGAACAGAUUAGCGCGCUAUGAGUCCGAACUCAUGAUCUUCGCUCAGGAGCUCGAACUAGAGGACACACAGAGCCGACUGCAGCAAGACCUGCGACACAGAAUGACAAUAGAAGAUACAAAGAAGAGUGCCUCAGAGCUGCAGGAGGAGCAGGAGAUCCUGUCAGAGAUCAUGAGGACGGUGGAGAAACGGGACAUGCUGGUCUCUAUACUGGAGGAGCAGAGGCUGAAGGAGAGGGCUGAGGACAGGGACCUUGAGAGCCUUGUGCUGUCCAAGGGCUAUGAGUUUCACUGGGCCCAGACAGAUGACAGCUAGGAGUGAAGGUUGAAGGUUGAACGUUGAGCGCCUCGGCGGUGUGGAUGGAUUGCAAAGGGCAGAAAAAAUACUCAAAGGCUUUACCUAACGGUAUUUUAAAGAAACAGGGUGAAAUGUUACUGUAAUACUUUGAGUCUGCCUUUUUCUCAUCAAGCUGCAAAUCUAGAUAAUGUUGUGAGGUGUUUAUUAACCCUUAAAACGACAGCAAAGCUUCAUCUCGUCUCACUUUGUGCUGAACUCAGAGACUGAAGAAGAAUGGAAAUGGAGCCUCAGCUAAUGACUUCCGUCACGGACAUUAACAUCUCUGCCAUUAAGGUUAUUUGACCUCUGUGCUCACAAAUGUAAUCUGUCACGGCUCAGGCCGACACUGACCUGAAAAUGGAUGUACAAAAUGUUUAACCACUUCUAAUAAUGUGACUGACUGCCUUGUAGCACUUCUCAUAAACCAAACUGCCUUAUCAACAGCUGCUUUACGUAGUUGCUUGCCUUAAAAGUGGAAGUGUUGUGACAGUUUAGUUAUGGUAACACUGUAUAGCCUCACUGGAUAGCACAUGGAACGACUCACCACUUUCCCUGAAGUUUUAGUGUUUUGCACAGCAUGAUUUGUUUGAAAUUGGCAUCAGAAAUCCAGAGAUGUGCUUUACGUAAUUCACUGUCCGUCACUUUGUAGCUGUGUGUGAAUGUAACCUCGCUUGUGUACAUUUUAAUAUUGUUAAUUUUCACGUUGUGCUGAACACUGUCAAAUAAAUGUAAUUGUAUUUAACGCACACACCGACGUACACAGGGGAGAAAAGUGAAUCUGUGUGGGCUGAAAACUGCGUUUGUUGCACAUCUGGACGCCGCAGUCAGUGAUGUCACAGGCCUUGGCUUUCAUUAGGAAAACCACCUGCUGGGACAUCACCGAUGGGGGCCAGAGAUGUGACAUGCCUGGAAGGUUUGAUGCAAAUAGGGUGGCCUUCUUCCUUAUUCAGAGUGGAUUUACGCUGUGACAAAGAACUGUCAGUGGAGCUGUGACUAUUGUGUGUGAACUGGUGUGUGCGUGGGCUGAGUCAAAACGACAAGCUUACCUCCUUCAUGGGAAGAUGAACCAUGUGUUUACAAUGAUUUUUAAUCCCAGAGCAAAGAAACCACAAUUCUCAUUUGGUCCCUGGGCUUUAAAUGUUAAGUUUGUUUAUGUUGUGAAUUAACAAAACAUUAAAUCCAGAAUAAGUUAUGUUUUCACGAAAAGAAAACUGUAAACUAUGUUUCAGUACCUUUUGGUUUUAUGCUGCUUCAGGUUUAUUUAAAUGGGGGGG